AUUGUCAUUCGAUACUUAAACGACAUGGCCUCCCAGGAGAAGAAGAAGCUGUGCGACCUACGCGUUAUUGACCUGAAAAGUGAAUUAGAGAAGCGAAAUUUAGAUAAAAAUGGAAUUAAAUCGGUUUUGCUUGAAAGACUUCAAAAGGUAAGCAUAUUUUCAUUAUGCAUUGAAGAUUAAUGACAUGUUGUCAGCUUUACUUUUGAAAUUUAGAUCCAGCCAUACUCAUAGUCAUAGAUUAUGAUAGUCAAACAAAUAUGGCCACUAAGCCUAAGCCGACUACCUCAAAGCAGCAGGCAUUAUCAUGCCAUAAAAUUUGGGCCUAUCUUUUUAUGGUAAUUCCUUAUUUUAGUGCGUUUUAUUAUUUCUACAGAAAUAAAAUUAAUAAUUCAUUUUUACCUCAUGGAACUACAAUAAAACACUUCAGUGGCUCCUGUAACAUGUAUUUAUUGUUUUCCAAUUGUUUUUUCAUGUAUUUUGCAGUGGUUUUAAGGUGAAAAUUUAUUAUAAACCAUGUAUUUACAAAGACUAUCGAUGGCUGCUAUUGUUUUGGUCCGUUUCGCUGAAGUUUGGCCAGAUUUUUUGCCAGUCUCAGACCAAAAUUAUUAUUGAUACUGUUAAAGGAAUGUAAAAAUAAUAGAAUAGACAAUUAUUAUGUCAGAUUCAGGGGCAUCGGCUUACACUAAGGUGUAGGUGUAGGGACCGGCAUCGGCUUACACUGGGGUGUAGGCGUAGGGACCGGCAUUGGCUUAUACUGGGGUGUAGGCGUAGGGACCGGCAUCGGCUUACACUGGGGUGUAGGCGUAGUGACCGGAAUCUCGCUGAGCGUUGAAGGUGCCGUCGUCCCAUCGUGUUGUCCAUCCACUCUAGGCCCAUUUAAUGCGAUCUGUGCCAGUAUGAAGGUUAAAAGGUCAUAUCUUGGAUGGUGGACGUGGGGCAGGAGGGUGGGGGUAAACUUCCCCUGUCCAUCAGACCGUGAUGAUCGGCAUCACGUUAUGCCCCCUCCCCCCUCCCCAACCACCACUUUUUUUUCUCUCUCCCAGAGCGCUCGAAAUAUACGGGUAGCCCCUUGAAGUUGAAGCCAUGAUGGGGGGGGGGGGGAUUUGAAACUGAUUACCAAGGCAGCGUACAUACACAUCAUCAUUUACUUGUGAAUAGAGUUAUCUGACCGAGAGUGAUCGGGACGAUGCAUUACGUCACUAUAUCAAAGAAUGACAACGUAGCAGUUUCAGUAGUGGUGUAAGCUGACCAGAGAAACCACGAAACAGUGGGCCUGGCAAAAGACGCCGAGCACGGAGUCUCGACGUAAUAGGAUUCCAUGAACAUCAAAGAACGACCGAUGUCCAAGCCACUGAUGGGCAAGGGAACCAGAGGCAAGGCUCGAGCACGUGGUGUUGUAAUACUUUUGCCUUUGUUUAAAUAGAUGGACAAGGGAACCAGAGGCAUGGCUCGAGCACGUGGUGUUGAUGUAACACCUUUGUUUAACUAGGGCUGAAGUUGAUGAAUUAAAAGUGGCGCUGUAAAGAGAAGCUUAGGUUCUUGGAAGUAAGGUUGUUCACCGCCGGAGCUGGAGUGGGUCUGCAUCUGCUAAAAUUCCCUACUUCUCUGAGCUUAAAAAAAUAUUAACUAACUAGCCAAAGUCAGAAAAAUAACGUCUACGGCCUUUUAAUUUACAUUGAAAUUAUGCGCCAAGUAAAAAAAAAAAAAAAAACUCUAAUUAAUUUGUCUCCUAUAAAAACACAUUUAAAAUAACUUGUGUAACCUUUCGGUCCCCGAUAGUAUCCCAUUUUCCAAUGAGAUCCAGAUCCUAUUGGAAUCCCAAUCCCAUUGAAAUCCCGUUCCCAAUGUAAUCCCAUUCCCAUUGGGGGUUCCAAUUCCGUUAGGAUCGAUCCCAUUACCCGAUGGGAACCCAAUCCCGUCGGUAUCACAAUCCUGGUGUGAUCCCAUCGAAAGCUUGAUUCCAGUGGGAUCCUGCUUCCCAGUUAGAUCCCAAAUUCCGGUAUGCCACUGAUCCUGUUUUCCUAUAGAACCUCGGUAUGAUCCCGCAACCCGAUGGGAUCCCGUUACAAGAUUAAUCCAUUCAUGUUAAGGUAUUUUUUAGUAAUUUUAUUUAUAUAGCUCAUAUAAUAUAAGGGAAAAAAUGAAUUCAGCCCCCCCACUCCUAACGGAAUGUUAUAAAAAGUGCAUAACCCCUUAUCCUUAAGACUAAGAGUUCCUUCCAGAUAAUGAUGGAUAUAUGUGCUAAGUUGGGUCAAGAGCCAUCAAUCCGCGUGAACACUUUUGUGGAACAAACAGACGAACCCACUAUUACACUACAGGAAGAAAAUCACAUACUCAUACAUUGAUCAUGAAGUCGUGAAGUUAAAGUUGUCCGAGGCAUUGUCAUUGUGAUACCAAGCGUGUGUCAACACAAAACAGCAGUAAGAUGAUAAAUACGAAACACUGCAGUGAUUUUUAAAAGUCUUUUAACAAUAAUUAAAUAUCAUUUAUUUAGUUUUACAUUGGCGUUAUACAUUAGUAAAAAAAAUGCCUACGGAAAGGGGGGGGGGUGUGCAAAAGGUAAGUUUGUUGUGCGGACGUCCUGUGUGGACAACCCCUAUCCAGAGCCGUGAUUUGUGAAUGCCCCCUUUUUGGUUAAGCCUCUUCCCAUAACUCACCACCGACCCCGACAAGGAUCGAUUUCUUAACAAUUUAAAAAAUAUAUAUAUAUAUAUAUAAAAACUUUGACAUAGCGCAAAUCCUGUCCCAAGCCCAUUGUGCAAUGGUUUCUGUGAGAAAACGUCAUGUUUUACCCUGAGAGUAGCACAUGCCAUGCCAUUCUGGAAACAAAUUCCGUCAUGAAAAGGGUAAACGCAGACCUAUGGCUUUGUUAUACAGUUUGCUACCGCUCCGCAAGUUUCUAAAAUCUAGGUGUUUUCAAAAGAUUUGCCUGAGACUGAGUGUUGUGAAUGAACCUUUGAUAUGGUAUAUACAUUUUGCCAAUGCAUUAGGCAUAGUGAAAGCAAGAUGGUUCAAGGUUGAAAUACGACCAUGCACAUUAAUGACAUUAAAAUUAUAUGAUAUUAAUGAUAUACUGGUAUUUUCUUUUGGUGUUCGUAAAAGUAAAAUGUAAAUAUUCAACUACACGAAUGUUGAAAUACAAUAGAAUAUCACUUAGUCACUUAGUAUUCAUAAUGUUUCUCUUACACGUGUUACAUACACUAUACAUGCGCUUUCAGAAACUUUAAGUUCUAAUGUCUAAAGUCUUAUUACUAAAUUUACCGGCAUUUUCAAAGUCAGAGGCCGGCACAACUUGUUGAAACACUUAUAUAUAAUAUAGAUAUAUAAAGUGUAUUUAAUAUAAUAUUUAAACAUGUUUAACUUGUUUAAAUUGCUACAAAAUAUUUUAAAACUUAAUGAGAGGGGGAAAAGCUCGAGCCGCUACUGGGAAUUGAUCUCGAACUACAUUAUCGCCAAGCGUCCACUCUACCACUUGACCACACAAAAUCUUCUCUAACAAGCAUAUCCGAAAACCAGGCCAUUGGUACAUUUUUGCUGCGGUGUACCCAGGCCAAAGCUCACAAUUUCACUAGGUACACCGCCGCAGUUUACGCAGGCCAACGCCGAUGGUUUCGCUAGGUACACCACCGCUGUGUACACAUCCACUUCGUAAAAAAAAUAAUUUAAUAAAAAAAACAUGAAUUUUUCAAAUAAAACAUUGAAAUACAUCACAAAUGAACAAAAUUAAGCAACUAAGGUCUAAUUGCACAAAAUUUCCAGGAGACAAAUUCCUAAUCUAAUAAUAUAUACAACACGAAGAACAACAAAACUUUUUAAAAUAAAAGAAAUGGAAACAUGUUUUGGAUCAAUUUAUGCAGGUUGUUGACACAUCUUGAUGCGCUUCUAUCCAUCCAUGUGGCGCUACAGUCCAUUUAGGGCUUUAGCCUGUAUCAACACAUCCUUCCAUUCAGACCUAGCUUUUUUUCCAUGUUUUGGAUUCCCUGCUGCUAUAUAUCCCUUUCUAGAUCAUUCAUCCAUCUAAGGCUUUAAGUCAUUUUCCUCUGAGGUUUUUGUGGUGCACCAUCUUCACUCCUCUGUCAUUUGGCAUUCGUUCUAAAUGUCCAGCCCAGUGUAGCGUGACAUUUUUAAAAUUUUUGUUACUAGUGUGGGAUCCUGAUAUAGACUGUACAAUUUAUAGUUGGUUCGUAUUCUCCAUCCAUAUUAUCAUUUGUUGGUCCUUUUAUUUUCCGGAAAACUUUCCCUCCUGUGUGUUUAAUAGGGGUUUUCUGCCGUUUUUGUUAGGAUCCAAAUUUCACUUUGUAUAUUGCAACUGAUUGCAGUUUAGUUUUGUUUAGUUUUCUUUGUUUUUUCUCGUAACGUUUCUGAGUAUUUUCUGACAACAGAAGCCUGCCUUGUUUUCGGCCGAUAUUCUUUCUUUUAUAUCUUUUAGUAAUUCAUUUCUUUCAUUUAUGAAGAAUCCUAGGUUUUUUAAUUGAUUUACUUUUUCAAAAGCAUGGUUUUUAAUUAUAAUAGUUUCAUCUAUCUAUUCUUCUCUUAGCACAGUUAUGCUUGUAUUUAUAUGUCUUAUAAUUCAUUAUAAUAUAAGCUUUGGAUAAAUCUUUACUGCUUUUCACUAGCAGUGCUAUGUCAUCAGCAUAUGCAAGAGACUGAAAGGGUUGGUGCAGAGAGUGCCUAUUGAUUGUGGGUCUUGGUUUUCCCUCAAAAAGUAAUCUGUUAAAAUUACUCUGUGUCAAUAUGUAUGCUUCUUAUAACUCUCCAAUCUUAGGUUAAAUAGCAUACAAUCACACAAGUCAGCGAGUCUCCUUGUCUUAGGCCUUAGCUUAUCUGAAAUUCCCUUGAGUAUUCACUGAACAUUGAUUUUGCUUUUUGAGUUGUUUAUCAGUCAGUUUGUUGGAUGUGGUUAACUUCUGCAGUGUCUCAUUUAGAUGCUAUUUUCUUUUGAUGCUGUCAUUUGCUAUUUUAUAGUCCACAUAUGACAUAGAGUUAAGGUACUGGAAUAUUAUAUUUGUAGCAUUUUUCGAAUAGGCAUCUGAUGGUGAAGAUCAGAUCAGUUGUUGAUCUGUUUUGUCUGAAUCCACAAUCAUGCAUCUAGAGGGAUACAAUAAAGUUCCCAUGUAUGGCACAAAAUAAAUGUUUAUGGAAGGAAGCAUUGCAUCAUGAAUUAUGCCUGGGUCACGCUCUACUCAUAAAUAUGAUCAGAGCACAUCUCAACCCACCAGUCAUCAGUCUAAAAAUAUUUGUAAUUUUUAAAAUUACAAUUUACUAAUUUCUCAGUACAGUGUGUAAAUAGAAUAGGUCAUAGUAUUUAGGUUUUAAGAUUUAAAGGGGGGUGGGGGGGGUGGGGAGGCUUAGCAUUCAGGUUAGGUAGAAUUGAAGACUUUAUAUAUAUUUGUAGGUCUUUCUUGAAUUUUUGAAAUAAAUUUGCAUGAUUUUUGCUAAUUUUUAAUUUACUUCUUUCAAAUGUGUUGAUUUUGAAAUUUGUCCAAUUGGCAGACCUAUUUACUCUUACAAUUUUAGCGUACAAUGUACGAUUUUGAGGUGUAUACAUUAUAUAUACUGUAUGUUUACUUUUUACUAUUAAGAUAUGUAUUGAAUGAUAUUGUACGAUUUUAAGAGUUUGGGGGUAAACAGGCCUGCAUUGGUUAUAAAAUUUUCUUGAAUCUUAUAAUUUUUAAUCUUAAGCAACUUUUAAAAAAAAAAAAAAUGAAAAUCUCAUUUUCUUAAUUUCAUUUGCCUUGGUAUGUUUGGUAGCUAAAAACAAGACAUUCUCUCCUUUUCCUCCCCAAUGUCUACUACUUUUGCACUACUUUUUUUAAAUGUCUGCUGUCAUGGCAAAAAAGAUGGCGCCAUUUAAAAAAAAAGUAAUGUACAAACCUGGUAAAUAGUGGCAACCGGAUGGUGUAAAUUUAACUUUUCUUAUUACAAUCUAUGUAUUUUAUUUUCACCACAUACCGGUACAUAAUUUUAAUGUUCUUAUUUUUUAAACGAGAACAAUUUAACACAAGACAUGUAAGAUUAUUUCUCAAGGGCAAAAUCAAUCAUCAUAAUUAACUUCACUCAGUGACAAAAAAAUGUUUAUUAUUAUUAUUAUGCAUAAUAACUUGAAAGUAGAAAUAGACCAGAUUUAAACUAGAAAUAUAAAAAUAAAUUAAAACAGUAAGAAUAUGCACAGGUGAAGCAAAGGAGACUACUUCAUAAUUUGUAUGGGAAGUGGGCGCCAGAAGAACCAUUUACAUGUUCCGUUCCUAGUAGUGGACAUCAUGGCCUACAUUUCCAUCAUCCUGUUCUUUCUUUGAAUUUUCAAAUGACCCUAAUUUUGGAAAUUUCCAAGUAUAUAUACAAGGCAUUUUCUCUCCAAAUAAAUUUUGAAGUAUUUCAAAAUCUUAUGUAUUUCAUACCAAGUCUUUGUAAGCAUUAUAUAUUGAUGUAUAUGUGUGCCCAUUGAGUCUGGACAUGUCAGUCAUUAGCUAUGCUCAUUUGAUGAAACCACAGUAUGGUAAGGUUGUUCAGCCCAACUACGAUAAGUAGGUGGCCAAGACUCUUUCCAAGCCAGGGGUUUUUCCAUGUUUGUGCCAGAUCAGUGUCCGGCCUGCUGACUUUUUUUUGGUUGCUCUUAUCUAUAAAUUAAUUUUGAAUACAUUUUUUUAGCAAGUAGCUGUAUUUCAUAUCAAAUUAAAGGAAAUUAGACAGAAUAAUAAUCUGUAAAAGAUAAAACAAAAUGACAAUAGUUUCAACUUUACUGGUAAAAUUAUGAGAUCAAAUUUAAAAAAUGCGCUUAAAACGGCAAACACUUAUCAAUGAAACUUUGAUAAUAAUACUAUAUAGUAUAGUCAUUUGCAAGUGACUGAAUGGUGGUUGCCCUUGACAACGGCUGCUCAUGGAAUAUUAUGACAAUUUAUAAUAUGGAUUCUACCAGGUAUUUAAGCAUCAAAUUAAAAUGUUCUUAUUUCAAUGACUUCCAUUUUAAAAUAUGGUAAUAAUUGAAUAUUUCAUAAACAUUGUCUGAGCGACCUUACAAUGGUGCAGGUUUUGUGGACAAUCAUAACAAAGCCGGACUGAACCUACCUCAAUGAGAAUUUGCACAUCUGCUGUCAUGGGGGAAUACAAAAUAACAAACACAUGAGACUAUAGGUCAGAAAGCUUGGUAGUUAUUUUUAAAAAAGGCCCUUUAGCAGAAGUUGAAGUAAAGUGGGUUGUAAAAUAAUUAUUUUUAUUAUUCCUCGGUAUUUACUAGCCUAAAAUAUUGAUGAAACAAACAAUUUUAAUGUCAACAUAAAUUUAUUCUCUAGGCACUUGAGGAUGAAGGAGAAGAUAUCAAUACCUACUUGUUUGAAAUUUCUGAAUUCUCAAAGAAGUUAAUCACAACUCCUGGAAAGAUUAAAUCAGAUGGUAAGGAUAUAAUUCAAGCCAUUUCAAAUAUAUGCUAUGUCAGACCUCAAAGAUAUUGAAAAUAUUAGAGUAAUCCAAGAAUGUUUAUUGGAUUUUCAAAUUAGGGUAUUGUCUAAAAACUUGUAAAGUUUUACUUUUUGUUUCAACUUCAUAACUUAUGAAGUUGAAACGAAAAGUAAAACUUUACAAGUUAUGGAGCUUAUUAGUAAAUUGUAUAAUAGAAAAAUCAUUUAAUUUUCUGUGGUUUUUUAUUGACCAGAAAUGAGUAUUAACAUCCAGUUGUCUGUAAUACCAUUAAUGUGGGGCUUAAUACAUUAUGGUGUUCCAUUAUUCUUUGACAUAAGUAGUUUAGAGGUUUGAAAAUAUCAUCAGAAUUUUCAACUGUAACCAACAAUAAGAUGGGUACCAAAGUGUUAUAAAAACUCUCAUAAAGUAAAGUUGUAGUGGGGGAUUUCCAAGUUAAAGUUAUUGGUAGCCUUUUGCCUCUAGCUUAUAACAAAGCUAGAAUUUUCCAUAAAUUUCCCCCACUAAAAAAUAAAGCAAUUAAAAUACUCUUUCCCUAAGUCCUUUUAACAUUACAUCAUAAUCAAAUAUUAAGUGUUUACCUUAUCUUUGUACUAAAUUAUUAUAAACAACCUAUUCUGAAUUUAUUCAUAUAGAUUUAAGAUAUCAUAUGAAAAUUAUAUUUAUUAUGACACUAGUUAUACUCCGCCAAACAAUGGUGCUAAUGCAUGAACUUCCCAUCUUUAUUUUAAAUUUAUUUUGCACAUUAUUGAAUUCACCAUUUGACCAUAUUUUUUUUUCAUACCUAUAGAACUAUAGUCACUAGUUUUUGUGUCUAAUAUUAAUCAAGAUACAGUUGUAUGUAAAUAAUGUUUACUUGCCAGCAAUAAGCAUAAAAUUUCAUUACUUUUUCGAGGAUCAGAAAAUGACGACAGCAAUACAGAAAAGGCUGAUGAAGAAGAAUCAAUUAGUGAACGUCAACUUUUAGCCAGUGAUGGGGAUCUUGCUAAUGAAAUGGCAGGAUUAGAUAAUGAUGGUGCUGCUGCCAACAUAAGUAAUCAUUUAUCUGAAGAGAAGCUUCUUUCUGUUGAAGAGGUAUGCAUUGUUUAAUAUCUUUACUGUUUAGAAGUAAAACAAUUAACCUUUUUAAUUUGAAAUGUGUAGGGUUUAUUUUCAUGUUUCUUUAAAUGUUAGGUUUUAUCUAUGCAUUUUAUUUUUUUCAGGAAGAACAAAGUACUGUUCACAGUGAACCCAUAAUCUCAGAUGCAGGUAUUUAUUAUUGCUGGGCAUAUUCAAAAUCCAAUUGAUAUUGGGCAUUUUUUCUCUCUAACAUUCUUUUGUAAAAUUUUAACUGGCUAAUUAUACAGCCAAAAUUUAAUUCAAAUUUGGACUGCGAAAAGUCUAUAAUAGAAGCGAUAGUUUAGAAAAUUUACUAUCUGUCCCAAUAUAUGUGGUUUUAAGUGCGACAAAAUAUAUUUGUAUAUCAAGAAUGUGAUUCAUCUUCAUCGUCAAGAUAGAAACAUACUGAUGUGGAUUCUCCUCUUGACAUAGGGAUGAUUUGACCAUCUUAUGAAACAAGUUUUUUGAAAAGAUAAAACAGAUACAAGAAGUAUUGCUAAAUUCAAAGUUGUCUUGAGUGAUUUUUGAGUCAAGAACAGUCUUUGGAUGAUUAUCUGGAAAUCUUUUAAUAGAAAGUUGUUGCAAAGAACGCGCAAUUUUUUUUUUUUUUUAAAUAAGUUUCGUGCAUGUGUGUGUUAUUAGUAUUGUUAGAGUCGCAAUCUACCACUUCUGCCACCUGAUGUUUGGUAUGCUGUUUGAUUGCUGCUUCAAAGGAGGAGCAUGAAGUGUAACAAUCUUCCAACCCCUAUCUCAGAUGUUGUAAGUAUGCUGGGUAGCUGCCUGAGUCAGCCCUUGAUGCUUCUAGCCACCGUCCAGAUUAUAUGUUAUCCUAAUCUCAUUUUGUGAAUUUCUUUAGUUCCCCAAGUUGAGGAGAAUGGUGGCGAAGCCGCUGAGGAUGAAGCUGCAUUAUUAACGUACAGUGGCAACGACCAAGGACAUGAAGAGAUGCAAGAAGGUGCCAAAGAUGAAUUGGGAGAUGGAGCGGAGGAAUGUGACAUUGAGGGAAACCCCGAUGAUGAAUCUGGAGAAAUGCCGACUGAGUUUAUUGAAGACAAUGAAGAAAGUCUUCAGGAAAGUGCACAAAUCGAUACAGUAAAUGAGGACUCUAAUAUUGACUCUCAAAACCCAUCUGAAUCAACAGAAAUCAAAAUGGAAACCACGGAUCAAAAUGACUCAAGCAGUAAAACUGCACCAAGCAGCACUGCUGCAUUGAGCACACCAGUUUCUGCAACAAAGCAAAAUUUAGCUACUGUUGCAAAGUCUGCCAACAAUUUGUCUGUUUCUGCCAAAGUUGAGAAAACGGAUUCAUCAGCUGUAUCUGAAGGUGGGGAUGAGUCUUUCGUCGUGCAGGUAGAUGACACCAUGUUGAAUGAAAUAGAUGCAGAUCUCCUCGAUGGCCAACAAGGUGAAGGAAAGGGGGCAGAGACUUCAGGGAAUCAAGAAGAGAAAAAAACUGAAACAUCUGGAACCGGACUUGGAAACACAGGUGCAGCCACAGAUGCUGCUACAAAAUCUUCUGAAAAUACUGACUUGAAGGACACCAAUGUCAAGUCUACAGCCGCAAGUAAAGAUGAAAAAGACACGAAGACUGCAGCCAAGAGGUUUGUUUUACGUCCUUUAAAAUAACUUUGUUUGAUUGUGAAGUCUGCAGUCGUAUGGAUAAUUUAAUUAAUUUAAGUCGCUCGUUACAUUGACAGCGGUUGUUGAUGUAUGCCGUCCAUAGCAAACUUCCUUUUUCAGCAAUUUUAUUACAUUUCAAAACUUAAUUGCUAUCUCAUAUUUCAGGUGUUGGUAAUAACAAGAGAUGAUAGUAAAACAUUGUGGUUUGUUUUGUACUUGUGAUAUAUUAGAAUUUUAUCUUGUGACUUGCUAUGGCAUUUAUCUCAGACUGUACCUUUAGAACUUUUUAAGGACACAGACAAAUAUCUACUCAUGACAAAAGCAUGGGUAUAAAUAGUAUUAACAUGUCUCUAAAGUUUCUGUCUGGCCUGUUAAACCUUAAUGAUGUGGAACUGUGCUAGUGCUAAUUAAAUUUUCUUAUCUUGUUUCAGCGGUACUAUCAAGACUGCUAAGAAGGAUGAAAAAAGUAAGACAAUAUUAUGUCAUGUUUGGGCAUUGUUUUUCCUCCACAUAUUUAUUGAUAAUAACUCUCUGUCCUGAUUCAGCUUUGGUUCUAUUUGUGUGUGUGUAAUAAAGCUAUACUCAUUUCAGAUUAAACUAAAAUUUGCAGAUCUUAUACAUUUUUAAUCAAUUAUUUUAGCUGUCCAAAGUAGCCGCAAUCUCUGGGUCAGUGGUCUUUCUUCAAGCACUAGAGCUACAGAUCUCAAGACACUUUUUAGUAAACAUGGAAAGGUGAGCACUAGAAUUUUUUCUGAAAUAUUUUAAACAGUUAAAUCUCUCUAUAUUAUUCUUUAUGUUUUUACCAUGGCAAAAUUUUGAAGUUCACUUUCCAGUUAGGCUUCAGACAGAUACUUCUUUCCACAUGUUGGGCUGUCUUAAUCGUUUUCAACUUAGUGCAUGUUUCCAUUUGAGAUGGUUUCUGCGACACUAUUUUUGGGACUUGCAAUUAUACGCUUUUAUUAUUAUUUUCAGGUUAUUGGUGCUAAGGUAGUGACAAAUGCAAGAUGUCCAGGUUCCCGCUGCUAUGGUUUUGUUACUAUGGGCUCGGCUGAUGAAGCAACAAAAUGCAUUCAGCAUCUUCAUCGUACUGAAUUACAUGGAAGAAUGAUUUCUGUUGAACGGGUAAGAGGCAUAAAAUUCAUAGGGCUUGUCAUAGAAUUCAUUACAGAAAAUUUUUGUAGAUUUUAAUUCUACAACUUAACCUUCGUGACAUUCUUUUACUUAAAAGGCUAAGACAGAGCCUCAAGGAGCAAAAGCGAAAGUGUUACCCCCUAGUGGUAUCAAAUCACCAACUAAAUCAUCUCGACCAUCUCGAAGAUCUGAUCCUAAAUCGUCAGUACCUCGUAAAGAAGAGGGUAAGAUAAGUUUUUAACUUACUAAUUUAUUCAUUAUAUUCAUUAUUCAUUAUUUAUUAAUAUAUUGUGCCUUGUGUGCGUGAAUUGUGGUUUAAAAUUACUAACACUUAAGGCACUUAAAAAAUGUUCUAUUGCAAUGGUAAAAGUAAGAAUAAGAUGUCUUGCUACACAACAGUUAGUGCUGAAUAGCAGUGCUGUAGGUUUGAACCAUUAUAAUUUUUAAAUUAUUUGUAUGCAAAUAUGCAAUAAUUAAUGUAUCAAGUAAAAGUAUUCACCCAACAUAGUCCAUCAAUUAGUUGUGGCUUCGUGAAAAUUUACAAUUAAUAUGGGUGCUCUACUAUAGACAAAAAAGAUGGAUCCAAAGAAGUGGGGAAAGAAUUAGAUAAAAAACCAGAGGAGAAGCAUGAUGGUUCUAGAAGCUCAUCACGUCAAAGAAGUAGGGAUAGAAGGCACUCCCCUCGCAGUAAAAGUGGAAGACCCGGAGGUAGUUAGAUUCAUUAUUCUAAGUAAUAUAGAUAGGGUAUUUUUUAUUGGUAAGUUAAUUAUCAGGACGAAUCUCUUGCCAUGAACAUGCUAUCUUUUUUGAAUGUAUAUAUAUAUAUAUAUGUGUAUAUAUAUGUAUAUGUAUAUGUAUAUAUAUAUAUAUAUGUAUAUAUAUAUAUGUAUAUAUAUAUAUACAUAUACAUUUACACUAUUUCUAUAUAUAUAUAUAUAAGUAAUAUAGAUAGGGUAUUUUUUAUUGGUAAGUUAAUUAUCAGGAUGAAUCUCUUGCCAUGAACAUGCUAUCUUUUUUGAAUGUAUAUAUAUAUAUAUAUGUGUAUAUAUAUGUAUAUGUAUAUGUAUAUAUAUAUAUAUGUAUAUAUAUAUAUGUAUAUAUAUAUAUACAUAUACAUUUACACUAUUGCUAUAUAUAUAUAUAGCAAUAGUGUAAAUGAUUAAGAUAAUUCUGCAUUAAAAAAUAAUGGCAUAUAAAUUUUGAUUUAAAUGUACAUUUAAUAGUUGCAGACUUAAGUGUUGCAAAGUGUUCAAUUUUUCUUUUUAUAAAAUGUAUAGAGCAUCACCACUCAAGAGAACGUAUCUCAAGGGAAAAGUCAGGCCUUUCUGAUCAAGAAAAAAAGGAAUUGGAUGUCCUGUCUUUUGAGAAAAUUAAGGUACUGGUAUGUAUUAAGUUGAAUUUUUUUAACCAAUGAUUUUUAAAAGUCUUUUUUUUUUAAUUUUGUAAACAUAUUGCAUGAAAUGUAAAUUAUAGUGUUACAAUCAUUCUGACAUAGGCUGAAAGAGAGCGUGAACGACUCAGGCGUAGAGAAAUGUACUUGCGUCAUGAAGAGAGAAGGCGUCAACUUGAUUUGGAAAGAGAACAGUACAAACAGCAACUUAUUGAAAAGCGUCAUCGCGAGGAAGCCCUUAAAAUUGAAAGAGAAAGAAGAAGACUCAGGUAGGCUUUUAUUAUUUUUUCAAUGGAAAUGAUUUCCUAUCUAAAGGAAAUUUGACAUUUUUAUUGGCCUUAGUUUCGAGGGGGGGGGAUUUUUUGCUGACUUAAUUUCUUAUGACUAUUUUCUUCUUUUGUCUGCUGUGCAUUGAUCAUUUAUUUAUUUUUUAUUUAUUUAUUUUUUAGAGUCCAUUUAUCUCGUUCUCCCCUUUCACAAAGUUUUGUGCUUAAAAUUGAGAAAUUAUUAGGCACCUUCUGUAACCAUUGUUAGGAAAAAAAUCAUAUAAUCCUAAUAUCCUUAAAAGAUGGUGUUGCAAGGAACUUAAAAAUUAUUUUUCGUCUUUAUGUAUGAAGAAUAGGUACUGCUCCUUUAUAGGAAAGGUUAAAGUCCAGAUUAUAAUAACUGAACUCUUUCUACAGUUUAGAUCUGGUGGUGUUGUAUUUAUUCAACUUUAUUAGGCCUUUUACUUAUAUUAAUUUAGUAUGUCAUAGAAUCUGUAACAUUUUUUUAUUAAUUGCAAAACCCUAAUGAUGUUUAAACGAUGAUAUUUAUAGAAUUUUCAUUUACAAUUUACACGUAACUUGAAGUUGAGCUCAUCUUUUACAGGGAAAUGCGAGAAGAAAUUGAAAGAGAGAGAAUGGAAGCUGAAAGACUGAGACUUGAAACAGAGAGGCUCCAAAUAGAAAGAGAGCAGGAAACUUAUAGAAGAGAACAGCAGAGGUAAAGUAAAUUUACUUUUACUAAGUGGUCUUUCUGGGAGUUUCUAAAAGAAUAAUAUCCAUACAUUUAUUUUACAAAAUCAUAAGUUGUAAAGAAUAAUCUUUAUCUAUCUUUUAGAGUAUUACAGGAUCGAAGGGCAUUAAAACGACCUGGUGAAAGAUCAAGCUUAAGAGAUGAGGAGUGGCCCAGUAAACGUCCAGCAGAUAGAUAUGCCACAGGCGACAGGUGAGAAAUCUAUUAAAUAUGUUAAUUACUUUUUAAACUUUAUUUGAAGCUUAUGAACAGCGCUGGAAGAGAGUCAAGUUUACCAUUUUAUUCCUUGGGUUCGCAUCAUUAGUCUUUAAUCAUUUAAGAGAGCAUUCCAUAUCCCAUCAAAGAAGAAUUUCAGGUGCUUUUAUACACAAUUGAUUAGCAACCAACCUUGAUUUUUAAUGCCUGUGUAUCUUCUGUGACCUGGUUGACCUAGUUUGUUUAUUUUUUUUUACAAAUAUAUUAAUUGAUAAAUAAUUUUCUUGUUUGUAGGGGAAGUAGAUUUGAGCGAAAGCCAGAACGUUUUGAAAGACGAGAUCCAGCUGAAAGACCUGGGCGUUUUGAAGGUCGUAGAGAAGAGAGGGGACGGCAUGAAAGGUAACAUAAUUAUUAUGUGUUUUUCUUACAAUUCCCUUGAUUACUUAAUGCAUGUUUCACUUAAGUAAGUCUCAUGACCUAACUGAUCUCUAACCUUAAAAAAAAAAAAAUUGAUAACUUAAGGUUUUUCUUUCAGAUUUGAAGAGAGGGAAAGACCACAGCGUGCAGAACGAGAGCCUCGGGAUAGGGAGUACACCAGAAGAGAUGAUCACAGGCCAGGUUUUAGAGAAGACAGACCACCCAGAGAAGGUCGCUCAAGAGAUGAAAGACCAUCUGGUCGGGAUUCUGCUCGUGGUCCACCUAGACACGAGUCUCGUGACUGGAAAUCAGAAAGAGGUACAAGUUUUAAACCGUAUUAUAAAUUAGCCAUUUAAAAAUUUUAGUAUAAUUUUUUUAAUGUUUAUGUAUUUUAUAGACAGACCUGGUGAAGGGACACAUCUGAGAAAUGAAGAUUAUAUUUACUUUUCUUCAGGAGCAAGUAGAGGUUCUGGUGGUGGAUCAAAUGCUUGGAAUGGUCCAGUGGAACGUCCUAAGAUGGACAGUGGCUGGAGUCAAGGAAUGGGCUCAGGUGGUAUGGGCCAGGGAGACGGCUGGGAAAGUGGAGUAGUCAUGUCUCAGCCUGGAGGCAGUUUUAGCCUACAGCAAGGCCCCAUGAUGACAAGUGGAAUGGGAGGUGGACCUGCAUUUAUAGUUCAGCCAGCCAUGUCAGGUCCUCCUGUGAUGUUGCAAGGCAGUUUGACAAGACAAGGAGACAACAGAUUUAGCUUGACCACUACAGGGCGGCGGUUUUAAAAUACAGGAUUAAAAUUAUUGGUAUUGUCUAUGUAUUAACUUUUACAAGAUCAUGACUCUUGCACUACAUGGAUCUUAAUUGGAGUCAAAAUGUUUCAAGGUCUGAAGUUGGUCUUGUCUUUAACUAUUUCACUUUAUUUGUGCUAAUUCUUAAGGUGCAUGAUCAUUCCACCAAAUAUUGUGACCUACUAGAUUUAUUCAAUAAAAUUUAAAAUACUUUUUUUUUUUCCACCUUGUCAUUGAUGUCAAAAAUGUUGGUCUACUUGUAUGUAUGCAAAUGUGUUGUGUUCCUCAUAAUUAUGAAAAUGUGCUAGCCUCAAUGUUUUAGAUGUGCUCUAAUUCUAAUGAAAGUGGUUUAAUGGCUCUGCCAUGGUGUAAAUGUUGGACAAGUUUAUAGUAUUACCGUUUUCUUUUUUUUUUCUUUUUUUCUUAAAUUCAGUUGAAUUUUAAUGUAUUGAAGAUAAUAAAUGUAUUUAAUUUGACAUGUU